GUAUAGUGUGAUUCACUACAUUCUUUCCUGUUCUUCCUAAACCAAGCAAUCACUUCAACAGUGUUUGAUUUUCAUAUUCAGUAAUUUCCUUUUGGCGGCUUUUGAUCCAAGUUUCAUUCUUUUCACACAAACCUCCGAUGUAAUAACAACACCACCAAUCAUCAUCAUCAUAAAAAAAAAAAAAAAAAUCAAAAAUGAAAAUUUCAAGAAUGUGUUUGUUUCUCUCUCUACAAUGGUGUUGUUUCUUGAUCUUGUACACACACCAGCUUCAACCCUCCCAAACCCAAGUCCUCUUACAGCUAAGAAAACAACUCGAGUACCCAAACCAACUCCAAAUUUGGGGGCCCACCAUCGAUCUCUGCUUCUCCUCUUCCCCGCGCGUGAACAUCACGUGCCGAGACAACUCCGUCACCGAGAUCACAAUCUUCGGCGACAGCUUGCAGACAAGGCCAACCAGCUUCAAUGGCUUCCCAGUCUCUUACAAAACCCUGUCCGGAAACUUCUCCAUGGAUUCACUCAUCGCAACUUUGUCGAGGCUGAACAGUUUGAAAUCACUCAGCCUCGUUUCUUUAGGCAUUUGGGGUAAAUUUCCUGAUAAAAUACAUAGAUUACAGUCACUUGUUUACUUGGAUUUGAGCUGGAAUUUCAUGUACGGAUCUAUUCCUAGUACUAUUUCAAGAAUUGCGAAUCUCGAAACCCUUAAGCUUGAUGGGAACUUCUUGAACGGGACUCUGCCCGACUCGUUCGACUCGUUUUCGAAACUCACUAGUUUGAGUUUGAGCAACAACCUCUUUAGUGGUCCGUUGCCGUCUUCAUUGCAGAGAGUUAACUCGUUGAAUGAUAUUAAUCUCUCCGACAAUGGAAUCUUCGGUGAAUUGUUCGAUCUCGGUCGAUUGUCGAACCUACAUUGGCUCGAUUUGAGCAACAAUAGAUUGGAUUCCUCGCUUGCUAGUAUGCCGGAAUUUGUAACGGUGGUUCUGCUUAAGAACAACACUUUCUCGGGGGGGAUUCCCGAGCAAUACGGUCGACUGAGUCGCCUUCAGCAGCUCGAUCUUUCUUUCAAUGCACUUACGGAGAUGGGUCCCGCUGGGAUUUUCGCGCUGCCGAAUAUUAGUUCGUUGAGUUUGGGAUCGAAUUUGUUGAGUGGAUCGGUUCCGAUGGAUUUGAGGUGCGGCGACGAGUUGGAAUUUGUUGAUAUAUCUAAUAAUCGGCUGACGGGAAAUUUGCCGUCUUGUUUGAGGUCUAGUACGAAGAAAAGGGUUGUCAAGAUUGGCGGGAAUUGCCUUUCGAUCGAUACCGAGCAUCAGCAUUCCGAAACGUACUGCUCGGAGAAGCAUUCGGACAACGAGAAAUCAUCUCAUGGGAAGAAUAAUUUGGGAAUAUUGAUCGGUGUUAUUAGUGGAAUAGGUGUCGUAAUUUUGAUUCUUGGAUUUGGAUUUCUCGUUUUAUGUCGGAAAUUUUGUUCUCAAGGUUCGUCCGAGCAGCACUUACUGCACAAGUCGGUGCAAGAUAACUCUGUCACCGGAGGGUUCACCGCCGAAAUUCUAACAAAUGCCCGGUUUAUUUCCGAUGCAGCAAAGUUGGGUUCGCAGGGUUCGCCACCGUAUCGACUAUUUGUACUAGAUGAGCUAAAGGUAGCUACCAACAGCUUCGACAAAUCCGCGUCGAUGGGCGAAGGUUCAAACGGAAAGAUAUACAAAGGAAGACUCGAAAGCGGGGCCCACGUAGCGAUACGGUGUCUAGCAGUUUCAAGAAAAUACACGAUACGGAAUCUGAAACUGAGGCUCGAUUUGUUGGCUAGAAUUAGGCAUCCUCAUUUGGCCUGCCUAUUAGGGCACUGCAUCGAUAAUGAAGGAAACGACGAAGUUGGUGCUAACAAUGUGUAUCUUGUUUACGAAUACGUUCCGAAUGGCAAUUAUCGAGCUCAUCUUUCGGAGACUAAUCCGGAGAAGGUGCUGAGAUGGUCUGAUCGACUCUCGAUUUUAAUUGGUGUUGCUAAAGCUGUUCAUUUUCUACACACCGGGAUUAUUCCGGGUUUUAAUAGCAAUCGGUUGAAGGCGAAUAAUAUCUUGUUGAACGAGCAUCGAAUGGGAAAGCUGAGCGAUUAUGGAUUGUCUGUUGUUGCUCAAGAAAUCGAAAAGGACAAGGAAGAAGAUGGACUUAAAUCAUGGCAAAUGAAGAGCUUAGAUGAUGAUAUUUAUAGCUUCGGGUGCAUAUUGCUAGAGUCGCUUAUCGGACCGUCGGUUUGUGCAAGGAAGGAGUCGUUUCUUCUCAAUGAAAUGGUUUCUUUAGGGAAUACAGAAGGGCAGAGGCGAAUAGUGGACCCCACCGUGCUGGCAUCAAGCUCGCAAGAAUCACUAUCAAUAGUGGUGUCGCUAACGAUCAAUUGCAUCUCGCCCGAGUCUUCGACUCGUCCUUCUUUCGAGGAUGUUCUUUGGAAUUUGCAGUACGCCGCUCAAGUUCAAGCAACGUCGGACGAUGUCGAUAACAAAAGUGGGAAAACACUAUUAUCUCCAUAGAUAUAGAUACAAGUAUAGAUAGAUAUAUAUGUAGACUUGUUGUCUCUUCUUUAUAUCUCUCUAUGUAUUAGUGUAUGUAUGUAUAUGUGUGAAAUGUGAUUCGGACUGUUUUAAUUUUAUCAUCAUCUUCGUAGAGUCGUGUUUUCUUCAUCCGUCUAAAAUCGCGUUUUUUGACUCCUCGUCGAAUGUAGAUUAUGUCUUCUGA